AUGGCGGAGGUGGGGGGGGUCUUCGCCUCCUUGGACUGGGAUCUGCACGGCUUCUCCUCGUCUCUGGGGAACGUGCCCUUAGCUGACUCCCCGGGUUUCCUGAACGAGCGCCUGGGCCAGAUCGAGGGGAAACUGCAGCGCGGCUCGCCCACGGACUUCGCCCACCUGAAGGGGAUCCUGCGGCGCCGCCAGCUCUACUGCCGCACCGGCUUCCACCUGGAAAUCUUCCCCAACGGCACGGUGCAUGGCACCCGCCACGACCACAGUCGCUUCGGGAUCCUGGAAUUUAUCAGCUUGGCUGUAGGGCUGAUCAGCAUCCGGGGAGUGGACUCUGGCCUGUACCUUGGGAUGAACGAGCGAGGGGAACUAUAUGGGUCGAAGAAACUCACACGUGAAUGUGUCUUCCGGGAACAGUUUGAAGAAAACUGGUACAACACGUAUGCCUCCACCUUGUACAAACACUCGGACUCGGAGAGACAGUAUUAUGUGGCCUUGAAUAAGGACGGCUCACCCCGGGAAGGAUACAGGACUAAGCGACACCAGAAAUUCACCCAUUUUUUACCCAGGCCAGUAGAUCCUUCUAAGUUGCCCUCCAUGUCCAGAGACCUCUUCCGCUAUAGGUAAUGGACCCUAGCGUGACCUCUGUGACCCAUGUACUCUGGGGGCCGCAGUUGUCUCUGCAAGCACUAUACUCAUAGCUUUUCAAUCCUUCCUUCCUAUCAAUUUAGAUAACAGAGAAGCACUUACUGUUCAACUCAACCCAGUUGUUCCCUGGUUGUUCAAAGUGUAUAUCAAGGUUGGGUUAUUUUGGGGAGGGCUGUGGGGGAGGGGGUGGGCUCAAGG